CUGCAGCCUGCGGCGUCGGGGCCGUGGCCUCCGUUUUCCGCGCGCCACUCGCUGGGUCCCUGCGCCCAGGGCGCACGGUGGAGACGGACACGGCGGCGCCAUGGAGCUGGUGCCCUCUGCCCGUGCGGAGCUGCAGUUCUCGCCCCUCGUCAACCUCUCGGACGCCUUUCCCAGCGCCUUCCCCAGCGCGGGCGCCAAUGCGUCGGGGUCGCCGGGAGCCCGUAGUGCCUCGUCCCUCGCCCUAGCCAUCGCCAUCACCGCGCUCUACUCGGCUGUGUGCGCCGUGGGGCUUCUGGGCAACGUGCUCGUCAUGUUUGGCAUCGUCCGGUACACCAAGUUGAAGACCGCCACCAACAUCUACAUCUUCAAUCUGGCCUUGGCUGAUGCGCUGGCCACCAGCACGCUGCCCUUCCAGAGCGCCAAGUACUUGAUGGAAACGUGGCCGUUCGGUGAGCUGCUGUGCAAGGCUGUGCUCUCCAUUGACUACUACAACAUGUUCACUAGCAUCUUCACCCUCACCAUGAUGAGCGUGGACCGCUACAUUGCUGUCUGCCAUCCUGUCAAAGCCCUGGACUUCCGGACACCAGCCAAGGCCAAGCUGAUCAACAUAUGCAUCUGGGUCUUGGCUUCAGGUGUCGGGGUCCCCAUCAUGGUCAUGGCAGUGACCCAACCCCGGGAUGGUGCAGUGGUAUGCAUGCUCCAGUUCCCCAAUCCCAGCUGGUACUGGGACACUGUGACCAAGAUCUGCGUGUUCCUCUUUGCCUUCGUGGUGCCGAUCCUCAUCAUCACGGUGUGCUAUGGCCUCAUGCUGCUGCGCCUGCGCAGCGUGCGUCUGCUGUCGGGUUCCAAGGAGAAGGACCGCAGCCUGCGGCGCAUCACGCGCAUGGUGCUGGUGGUGGUGGGCGCCUUCGUGGUGUGCUGGGCGCCCAUCCACAUCUUCGUCAUCGUCUGGACGCUGGUGGACAUCAAUCGGCGCGACCCACUUGUGGUGGCCGCACUGCACCUGUGCAUUGCGCUGGGCUACGCCAACAGCAGCCUCAACCCGGUUCUCUACGCGUUCCUGGACGAGAACUUCAAGCGCUGCUUCCGCCAGCUCUGUCGCACACCCUGCGGCCGCCAAGAACCCGGCAGUCUCCGUCGUCCCCGCCAGGCCACCACGCGUGAGCGUGUCACUGCCUGCACCCCCUCCGACGGCCCGGGCGGUGGCGCUGCCGCCUGACCUACCCGACCCUCCCCUUAAGCGCCCCUCCCAAGUGAAGAGAUCCAGAGGCCACACUGAGCUCCCUGGGAGGCUGUGGCCACCACCAGGACAGCUAGAAUAGGGCCUGCACAGAGGGGAGGCCUCCUGUGGGGAUGGGGCCUGAGGGAUCAAAGGCUCCAGGUUGGAACGGUGGGGGUGAGGGAGCAGAGCUGGUGAUUCCUAAACUGUAUCCAUUAGUAAGUCCUCUCCAAGGGGACAGAGCCUCCGCCUUGAGAUAACUUCGGGUUCUGGCCUUUUUGAACACCCAGCUCCAGUCCAAGAGCCAAGGAUUCCAGCUCCAGGAACCAGGAGGGGCAGUGAUGGGUGGGGUCGAUGACUUGGUUUGGCAUUUGUCCCAGCAUUUGUGUUAUGGGGAGGAUCUCUCGUCUUAGGGAAGAUAAGGGGACAGGGCAUUCAGGCAAGCAGCUUGGGGUUUGGUCCGGAGAUAAGCGCCCCCUCCCCUUGGCGGGGGGAUAAGUGGGGGACGGUCAACGUUGGAGAAGAGUCAAAGUUCUCACCAUCUUUCUAACUACUCAGCUAAACUCGUUGAGGCUAGGUCCAACGAGACUUCUCUGUAGAGAGGAUACAAGCCGGGCCUGAUGGGGCAGGCCCGUGUAAUCCCAGUCAUAGUGGAGGCUGAGGCUGGAAAAUUAAGGACCAACAGCCCGGGCAAUUUAGUGUCUCCAAAUAAAAUGUUAAGAGGGCUGGGAAUGUAGCUCAGUGGUAGGGUGUUUGUGUGAGGUUCUGGGAUCAAAAAGACAAAACAACCAACCAACCAAAAACCUUCCAAAUAACAAAACCAACCCUCAAACCAAAAAAACUAUGUGGGCAUCUCUGAGUCUGGUUUGAAGAGAACUCGCAGCCCUGCAUCCCUGUAGGGCUGGGGACAGUGGGCAGAAGCAGAGGCUCCCUGGAUCCUGAACAAGGGCCCCAAAAGCAGGUUCUAAAAGGGACCCCUGAAACCAAGUAAGCAUUUGUGUCAAGAAGUGGGAGUAGAGGGCUGGAGAGAUGGCUCAGUGGUUAAGAG